AUGACCCUGUGUCAGUUGAAUAAAGAUAGAAAACCUUAUAUAGCAGGCAAUUUUACAAUCCCUGCUGGAACUUAUGGACAUCAUCAUCUUGAAACAGUCCUUUAUUUGACCCUUCUUCUUCUUUUCCAUUGUUAUCUUUGUUGUCUUCUCCCUUUCUUUCUUUUCUCUAUUUCUUUUAUUUUUUGCUUUUUUUUAUUCCUUUACCCUUUCAACUUCUCUUCUUGUUCUUUCCUUAUUCUUUCUUUACCCACCCUCAUCAUCCAUCCUUUUCCUUUCUUUCAUUUUUCUUUUCUUGUUCUUCUUUCCUUCUCUCUUUCCUUUAUUCUUUAUUUACCCCUCAAAUUUCUUUCUCUUCUUGUUUUUCUUUUUUACUUUUUUUCUUUCUUAACCAUUCCUUUCAUUUUUUUCCCUUUCUUUCUCUAUUUCUUUCUUCUCUUUUACUCUUUAUUCUUUCUUUCUUCUCUUUUUUUUCUUUAUUCUUUCUUUCUUCUCUUUUACUCUUUAUUCUUUCUUUCUUUCUUCUCUUUUACUCUUUAUUCUUUCUUUUUCUUUCUUCUUUUUACUCUUUUUCUUUCUUUCUUUCUUUAUUCUUUUUUCUUUCUUUUAUUCUUUUUUUCUUCUUCUUUUUACUCUUUAUUCUUUCUUUUCUUCUCUUUACUCUUUUAUUCUUUCUUUCUUCUCUUUUACUCUUUAUCUUUUCUUCUUUUAUUCUUUUUUCUUUCUUUCUUCUCUUUUACUCUUUAUUCUUUCUUUCUUCUCUUUUACUCUUUAUUCUUUCUUUCUUCUCUUUUACUCUUUAUUCUUUCUUUCUUCUCUUUUACUCUUUAUUCUUUCUUUCUUCUCUUUUACUCUUUAUUCUUUCUUUCUUCUCUUUUACUCUUUAUUCUUUCUUUCUUCUCUUUUACUCUUUAUUCUUUCUUCUCUUUUACUCUUUAUUCUUUCUUCUUUCUUUCUUUAUUCUUUUUCUCUUUACUCUUUAUUCUUUCUUUCUUCUCUUUUACUCUUUAUUCUUUCUUCUCUUUUACUCUUUAUUCUUUCUUCUCUUUUACUCUUUAUUCUUUCUUCUCUUUUACUCUUUAUUCUUUCUUUCUUCUCUUUUACUCUUUAUUCUUUCUUUCUUCUCUUUUACUCUUUAUUCUUUCUUUCUUCUCUUUUACUCUUUAUUCUUUCUUUCUUCUCUUUUUACUCUUUAUUCUUUUUCUUUUUCUUUUUUACUUUUAUUCUUUCUUUCUUUACUCUUUAUUCUUUUUUCUUCUUUUACUCUUUAUUCUUUCUUCUCUUUUACUUUUUAUUCUUUAUUCUUUUUACUCUUUAUUCUUUCUUCUCUUUUUACUCUUUAUUCUUUCUUCUUCUCUUUUACUCUUUAUUCUUUCUUUCUUCUCUUUUUACUCUUUAUUCUUUCUUUCUUCUCUUUUUUUUUAUUCUUUCUUUCUUCUCUUUUACUUUUAUUCUUUCUUUUUUUACUCUUUAUUCUUUCUUCUCUUUUACUUUUAUUCUUUCUUCUCUUUUUACUCUUUAUUCUUUCUUUCUUCUCUUUUACUCUUUAUUCUUUCUUUCUUCUCUUUUUUACUCUUUAUUCUUUCUUUCUUCCUUUUACUCUUUAUUCUUUCUUUUCUUUUUUCCCUUUCUUUUUCCCUCUUUUUUUCUUCUUGUUAUUCCUUUCUUCUCUUUUUACUUUCUUUAUUCCCUGUCUUUUCUUUCUUUGUUUUCUUUUUUAUCUCUCUUGCUCUCUCUUUUUUUCUUCUUCCUUCUUUUCCUUUUUACAUAUCCAGAAAACUCCACUCUUCUACAAAAGGGGGUCACCUAGUUCAGUGGGUGUUUACCUAUAACUGUUGGAAGGUGCUAACAUGUGAAAUCCAGGAGCUGUUAUUCCAGGUGUCGAGAUCCCCAAAUAUGAUCACUGCUGAUCAGACUUGCCAGGCCAGUCAAGUGGUCGGUCUACUAAAAUCUGUUUUGUCCAACGUCCCUCAUUCCAUUGACCAAUUCCAAGAAAUUUUAGAACUUUGUUACCAAGUCAUCCACAGAUUUGCUGGACUCACCUCUCCACCUCUGGACCUCAUUGCUGUGUGUGUUGAAACUCUUACCCAAGUGGCAAAGAAACAUCCCCACAAGGUAUGGCAAAGUAUGAAACAGACAGGAUUGCUUCCUUACUUCACUGAACACCUGGGAAAUGCUGAUGUUUUCAGUUCCAAGGGUCUGCGCCCAGGGAUGUAUGGGACCUUCCUGGCUGGUUUUGAGUGUCCCCAGGGAAGAUAUCCACUAUCCUUAGCAUUCCUUGAUUUUAUAUCUACUGUUGUUAUGGAUUUGUCCCAAGUACCUGUAGACAAUGAAAUAUCAGCCACAGUGCUAUUCAUUUUGACUGAGGUGUUUCCCUCGUUCUACAAAUGGAGAUAUUACAAUGCCACCAGAAGAGAAGCAAUUGGUCACAAAUGUCUGGAAAUAUUUCAUAAGAUACUAGAUGUGAUGGCCAAGCCAAAAGUCGUAUCAAAGAAAAAACUGCCCAAUCUGCAGAAGAUGUGUGUCCAUAAUUUGUUAUACACAGAAGCUGGGCAGUCUCUUUUAAAUGUCAUCUCUAUUGGCGUUGAUGCCUUCAAUGAUACAGUAACUGAACAGGGAGGGUUUUUUGAAAACAAGAGCACUGAUCUGAUUGAUUUAAUUCAGAUCUCCUUCUCAGUUUUAAACCGUCUUCUUUUACUCAAAGCCCCCGAUCUUCCCUUAUCUCCGGUGGAGCGAGCCUUAUCCUUACCUGCAGCCAGUCAACAGGAACAACAUAUUGUAUUGACCGUUGCCCAGUAUAUAUACCAUCAACAUGCACCCAAACUACCCACAAUGGCCCUACUUCUGUUAAAGAGGCUUGCUGUGGUUUCCCCAAUGUCUAUUCUUGCUAUCCUGGGAAACGAUGCCGAACCAAUGAAAGACAAGAUGCUGUCUCGUUUGUCUGCAGUGACAGAGGACUUACAGCUGAAAGUUGCCAUUCUAGAGUUGCUGUCUGUGUGUGUUGUGACACAACCAGGUCUCAUUGAACUUUUCCUCAACCUCAAGUUAGAGAAGCCAAACAAAGAUGGAAAAAAGGAAUUGCUGUUGGGAAACUCCAGUUGUCUUAACACUGUGAUGAAUUUAAUCAUGUCAGAAAAACAGAAAACUUACCAGUGUCCGCCAAAUCUUUUGUGCGCAUGCAUAGAGUUUUUACAUGCUCUCUGGGGUGGAAUGCGAGAAACUGCAAUGAGUGUUCUUCGAAAGAUCAAUUACUUCUGGCCUAGUAUAUGUGAGCCGUUAAAGAGAAACAUUGGAGAUGAAAAAGAUGACAGUGAAGAGACACAGCUCUCUUGGUUAGCUGAUAUCAAAACAGUGGCUUAUGUUUUCAUGAUUUUAGCCCAUGAGAGUUACUCAGUCCCAAGAGACAAAUUGGAAGAGAGUUUUAAAGCAGAAAUGGCUGUUCUUUCCAAACAGAACCGGAUCCAAUAUUGGUCUAAUUUUAUCCGAAAGUCACUGCAUGAAGCGUCCAAGAAAGAAAAUAUGGAUGCCUACCUGACUGCAGACACUCUCAAAGAUGAUCCAAUCCUAUUGCUACUUAGAUCCUGGAAAAAUUGGUUGAUAACAAUUACCAAACUGAAGGUUCCUGGUGUCAUUCUUACGGAAGAACUCAAGAUACAGAUAUUAUCAGAUCUUCUUAGCAGCAUUCAAUGUUUGGUGAAAGACAAUGUCUCUGUUUAUAAUCUGAAGUUGGCUUGCAUUGCUAGUGCUACAUACUUUACAGUCAUGACAAGCUGGGUUGGUUCAAUGAACAAAUGGUCAGAUAUUCUUGAAGAUCUGCAAUUGGCCCUGGACACAAGUUUCUGCAACAAAGAAUGCCUUAUUCCUGCUGUCCAGAUAGGACUUGUUGCAUCAUUGACCACUUUGUUGCAGCUACCAAACCAACAACAUGUUAAUAUUUCCGACGAAUGCUUGAUAUCACUUUUGCGAGUUGUGUGUUCGAUGUUGUUGGAAUGUGUAAGGAAUUUAUUUCCUGUUCAAGGCAAUGUAAAGAGUAUCGAUAAUGCAGACACGACAAACACAGUUGCCAUUCUACAAGGCAAGCAGCAAACAAGAAUAAAGUUGUUGAUGACCAGUGUCCUUCUGUUACAAGAAAUCAUUUUAAACCUGGAUGAGCCCAGCCUAUGGAUCCCUGUGCUGCACAACCAUUUAUUGAUUCCGACUUUGCUGACCACUGUCCAAAUGUGGAUUAAGGCCAAACAAGGAUUGCCUUUUGUAGACUCGGCACUGACCCUUCUCUUGACUAUUUCUAAGACUGAACAGGGUGCAAAGAUUUUGAUGUCUGCCGAAGUUGCUAACCAUUUAUGCCUGUCAAUUAGUUCAUUAUAUAGCAUGGAAGAUUUACAGCAAAGGCUGUUAGCAUCUAAUAGAGAACGAAAUGUUCCCGAUAACCAGAAUUGUGACAAUGUUCUUUGUCUCAGCAUUGAUCUCUAUGCAUCAAUGCUGACUACACUGAAGCAUUUGUUCCUAAAAGAAACUUUAGACUUUGUUGGCGUACAUCAGGAUCGAUUACUGCAGUCUUUAGAAUUGUCUCGCAUCAACCUGACAGAACCUGCCCUCAAAGAGGCUCACGCUACCUGCCGUUUUAUCUACCAAAUGUCUUUCUAUGCCAGGGACUGGAAGUUUCAUCUCCCCAAAGUCCUUAGCAAACUUAUGACCAGUUUAGUCUACAUGUGUCAGACAUUUGUAUCCCUCCUGGUAAGGCCACGUUAUCUGCAACAUAUCUUGGAGCAUGCAGGCACAGCCAGGGAGGACCUUGAAAGCAAACGCCAAGGACAACUUGUGACUCCAAUUUCUGCAUUCCUUCAACAUACCAGCCAUGAUGACUUGGAACAACCAACUGCCCAAUGCCUUAAAGUCCAGAAAAACAUCUUGAGUAUCAUUGGAAUCUGCCUCUCAUCUCUUCGUCAAUUCACUCCUGACCUGUGUGAGAUGCUUAUGGAUCAGAGUAUGGAUGUUAGUCAAUAUGACCCCUUUCUGGCAAUUGGCUUCAACGCUCCUUCCAUUGACCAAGAUGCCCAGCCAACAUUUGGAACCCUGCUGGCCUGUAUCAACAUGUGUAUGACAUUCUUGCCCAAGGUGGACCCACGGGCUGCUUCCCCACAAAAAGGUAACGAGUCUAUUGGUCAAGUAAUCCCAAAAAACCUGGUUCUGUUUGUCCUUGAAAACUCUCUCCUGCUAAUCAUGUCCCAAGCGUGCCGUUACCUGAAGGAGCCAACUUUGUCUGCAAGAGACAAGCAGAUGCUUAAGAGAGAACUCAGUGCAGAUCUGAACACAUUCCUCCAGUCAAUGCACCGACACAUGCGAAAAGGAACGACGACACCCAUAUCUCCGUGCGGACCCACUCUGGGUGCACAAAGCCAGCAACCAAACACAUCACCCACUGGAAAUUUCUCCCUGGGGAGAGCUGGCACACAAAGUGGAUUCUCUUCUAACUUUGAUCAGGGAUUUUACAGGCUGGUUUCUGAGUUUGUAGCCAAAGUUCUUCGAUAG